AUGCGCGCACCCCUGCCGCCGGCGAGCAACCCCGGCCACCGGAAAAGCUCCACUUUCCUUUCCUCCAUCAUCUCCAUCACCACCUUCUCCACCCUCCGCGGCCUCUUGACUUCGGGAAGUCACCCCUGGAUUGAGCCUAUAUUAUUGGCCGAGGCUUCCCCUCCGGUGCCGUCAUCGGCCGUCCCCGCGCGCCGCCGGCCACCGCCGGAUCUCUCUGCGGCCAUCUGGAGCGCGUGCGGGCCAAGCUUGGACCCGCACUGCCUCCGUGCGCCGCCGCCGCCCUGGGCCGGGCGCGCCGCCUUCCCCUCGACCUCCGGCGCCGUCGCCGCCGUUCCCCGCCGCCCAUGUUGGCUGUGGUGCCGCCUGGGCUCGCCGCAGCCGCCCAGACCCGGAGCGGGCCGAGCUUGGGAGAUCUCUGCCUCCGCGCGCCUCCGCCGCUCCCUGCCGGCAGUACCGCCCUCCAGACACCUCCGGAGACCUCCGACGCGCACCCCCGGACAUCCCCGACCUGCCCCGGCCGCCGCCGUGGCCGCAGCACCCCCCGGACCCGUGCCCUAG